AUGGAGAUGAAGGUAGAGAUAGAGAGAGAGUGAUUUUGAGAAGUUCUUGCCAUCUGUUGCAGAAGAGAGCGAAUUUCGGGCUUCCCAAAGCGGCUUCUCUCUGUGGGUUUUGGUCAUUUCUGAAACUGACGAGAGAGACCAGCCAAACAAAGCACGCUUUACUUGUGCUCUCUCUCAAUUUUCUUCUCCAGCAAAAACCCAUUGAUCCUAUUCAGCUUCUGUAUCCGAAAUUCGAAUUCUUGCUGCUCCUGGUGAAAUGGGUAUGACUUGAUCAACAUGCAUUACAAUGAUAUCCGAUGAUAUCGCAGGAUGGCCAAUGACAUGAAGUCAUUGCUCACUUGUAAUAAUAAGCGAAGGGGAAAACUUUUGGAGGAAGGAGUGAUGAGAGAGCUGAGAAAGCAAUAAAGGAGCUUUCAGUUUUCUGAUAUACCUAGCCUACUGUGUGGUGGUAGUCACUGGAAGCCAAGUGUAGACACUGUUGAUGUAUGAGGAGUACAAAUGUCAGUCAACACAGAUGUCGAGGAUUUACAAGAUGAUGGUUUUGAGGGAUCACAUGAUGAACGUCGUAUUUUUGCGGAGCUUUUCUUUGGAAAUGAUGAAGGUGGCGAGAGUAAGAAGUGUCUUGUUUCUGGCUCGAUCGACUUUGAAUAUGAGCAGAAUAAGAACAUAGAUUAUUUGCUACGUUCCAACAGUGAAUAUUCAGUGGUAACUUCUCAUUCUUCCCCUAACAAUUUGCUUGUGGAAAAAUCUAACAUUGUCGAUAAAGAUGCUAGAAGGCCUUUUGCAUCAGGAAGUUCUCUAGAAGAAUUUCUGUUGGGAGAUAGAGAUGACCAAAAGUUGAAUGGUAAGCCUAUGAAAUUUCCAUCUCUGCAACGACAAGAACUUGUUACUGGGAUGUGCGGUCCAUUCACAGACUUGAAGUGCCAACCUAUCCCAUUCUCCUUGGUUGAAUCAUCUUGUCAGGGCAUCACAUCUAGUUAUUAUUUUGUAAAGCAACAUGAUGCAGGUGGUGAUGUGCAUAAUCAAGAUGUUAUAAAGAGCAUUCCUCCAAGUUUAUAUGGGAAUGAUGGUAAACAACUGACUGUAGCUAAAGCUGUUGCAUCACCAGUUUCCCAGGAGAGCAUUGCAAAUAAGAUUUUGGUUGCAAGUCCAAAGGUUGGAUGUCCUCCAUACCCCGAGGAAAGGCCAAAGGAAUUUCAGCUACUAGCACUAGAUUCAUCUGGUGUUUCCUUGAAGACAGAUUGUGGGAAGGAUCCCCGUCCUCUUCUCCAGAACCAUAUUAUGCACUUACUCAUGUCAGCUGGCUGGAGUGCUGAGAGGCGUAAAAGACCCAGCAGGAAAUACAUGGACACUAUCUACCGAUCACCUACAGGGAGAGUAUAUCGUGAAUUCCCUAAAGCUUGGAGAUUCUGUGGUCAGCUUCUAUCAGGUGACGGCAACAGUUUGGUUAGGGAAGAUAAUGGUAAAAAAUGGACUGAUAUCUCUCAAUUCUUCUCUGAUUUAUCAGAUACUCUGAUGAAUAUUGAGAAAGAAAAUAAUCAGUCUGAUCUUGCUGCUGUAUUGGCUCAUCGGUGGACGCUUUUGGAUCCCUUUGUGACUCAGGUUUACAUUGAAAAAAAUAUUGGGUCACUGAGAAAGGGUGAAACUGUAAAAUCAGCUCUUCCUCAAGAGCAUAAUGAUUCUUCAAGAGCAAUGUUUUCUGAAAAUUCUCUGCAGCAAUCUCUAGAUAACCGUCCAAACAGCACUGGGGAUAUUCAGGGUCAUUCCCUUGAGUUCACUGGUGAUGAUAUGAGAAAGGGUGAGACUGUAAAGUCGACUCUUCCUCAAGAGCAUAAUGGUUCCUCAAGAGCAAUGUUUUCUGAAAAUUCUCUGCAGCAAUCUCCAGAUAACAGUCCAAACAGCACUGGGGAUAUUCAGGGUCAUUCCCAUGAGUUCACUGGUGAUGAUAUGAGAAAGGGUGAGACUGUAAAGUCAACUCUUCCUCAAGAGCAUAAUGGUUCCUCAAGAGCAAUGUUUUCUGAAAAUUCUCUGCAGCAAUCUCCUGAUAACAGUCCAAACAGCACUGGGGAUAUUCAGGGUCAUUCCCAUGAGUUCACUGGUGAUGAUAUGAGAAAAAGUUCUCGCAGAAAGUCCAGAAAGAUAUCUGAAAUGAAGAUAAGCAUUAUGGAUCAUAGCAACUCAGUAGUUUCAGUUCCUAGUAAUGCAGGCUCACAAGACAUUGAUGGGACUCGGCCAGAGUUGAAAGAAGAGGAGGAUUUUCUCAACACCUGUGCAAAAGCUUGGGAAAAUCAUAGAAGGUCAUCUAAUCUCGGCUUUAGCCAGCUAGAUAUUAAAGGGAAGGGCUCAAACUCUAAGAAGUUUCACCACGAGGGUGAUGAUUAUAAAACUGGACAAAAGAAGCCAAGCAGAUGCCAAAUUAAAGAUGAUGAUCUGUUGGUCUCAGCCAUAAUAAAGAAGAAAGAUUUCAGGCUGAGCGUUUCUAAAUCUACCUCUAGAAUGGCCUCGAAGUCAAGAGCUCGCAGAAAGAUUAAGAGCCGAAAAGCUACUUGCAGGUUGCGUACCCAAAAUCUGGCUACUGGUACGCACUCAACCUUGAGGUCAAGAACAAUUUUGUCAUGGCUGAUCAAUGGUGGGUUCAUAUCUCUGAAUGAGGUGAUUCAGUACCGGAACCCAGAGGAUGAUUCUGUAAUUAAGGAUGGCCGGGUUACCUGCGAUGGAAUCAUCUGCAAUUGUUGUAGCAAGGCAUUUACAGUUUCUGACUUUAAGAGCCAUGCAGGAUUCACGCAGAGUCAUCCGUGUUUGAAUCUAUUCAUGGAAUCUGGUAAGCCUCUCCCACUAUGUUUGUUGCAAGCAUGGUCAGAGGAAUACAAGACAAGGAAAAAUGGCCUUCAAAUACUGCAAGAUGAAGAAAAUGACCAAAACGACGAUUCAUGUGGAAUCUGCGGUGAUGGGGGUGAGCUGAUAUGCUGUGAUAACUGCCCCUCAGCUUUUCAUCAGGCUUGCUUGCUUACCCAGGACCUCCCGGAAGGCAGCUGGUACUGCGCUAACUGCAUCUGCCAAAUAUGUGGCAACCUGGUUAUGGGUGCCGAGGCUUCAUACAAUGAUGCAUUGAAAUGUUCACAAUGCGAGCGCAAAUAUCAUGAGGCAUGCUUGAAAAGACAGAGAACAUACGGCCAAGCAGUUUCUAAUCCGGGGUUUUGUGGUGGAAACUGUCUAGAGGUUUACUCAGGUCUUCGAUCUCGUAUUGGGAUCGUGAAUCAUAUCAAUGACAGUUUUUCGUGGACACUUCUAAGAUGCAUUCAUGAAGACCAAAAGGUUCACUCUAUGCACCAUUUUGCUCUGAAGGCUGAAUGCAACACAAAGUUGGCCGUUGCUCUUACUAUUAUGGAGGAAUGUUUUCAGUCCAUGGUAGAUCCACGAACAGGCAUUAACAUGAUACCCCAUCUUUUAUACAACUGGGGGUCCGAAUUUGCUCGACUGAACUUCAGUGGGUUCUACACAGUGGUGUUAGAAAGAGACGAUGUGUUGGUGGCUGUGGCAUCCAUCAGGGUGCAUGGGACUACUCUUGCAGAGAUGCCCCUCAUUGCAACUUGCAGUGACCAUCGUCGUCAGGGAAUGUGCCGUCGCCUUAUGACCGCCAUUGAGGAGCUGCUGAUAUCACUCAAGGUGGAAAAGUUGGUGAUAUCUGCCAUUCCGGAUUUGGUGGAGACGUGGACGGAGGGUUUUGGCUUCAAACCGGUAAACGCGGAAGAAAAGCAGAGUCUAAGCAAGAUCAACUUGAUGGUCUUUCCCGGGGCCAUAUCGCUUAAGAAGACUCUGUAUAAAAAUGAAAGAGGAACAACUUUAGGGGGAUGCCAAAGCCGGGAGAAUAUUGUGGUUGGUGGUGGAGUAGAAAAUCUUAGUGCUGAGAAACACCUCCCUAUAGAGGGAGAGAAGCAAAAGUGUAAGGUUAAUGAGAAAUAGAGAUAUUAUUUAUUUUAUUUUGUAGAAAAGGUAAUUUUCUCUGGAAUAUAUAUAUGAGAAAAGCCAAAGAA